UCUGACUCAGUAUUGAUUUUUAGAGCAACAACAAAAGUACAAUUAAUAAUACGACGAAAACAAAGCAAACGGAAUAAAUAAAUCAAGUAUAUAGCGUAAAUGUAUUCCAUCAAGCUGCUGCUUGUUGCGCUAUGCGCAAUCGUUGCCCACGCCAGCAAUAUAACUAGUAUUGUAUUUGGUGAUAUUAAGGAAGGUGUUGUGGCAGCUUUUGGUGACUUUAACUCUGAUGAACUGACGGAUGUGUUUGUCAUUCGCGAUAAGAGGAAAACACUGCAGAUUCUCUAUGGUGCGGAUACAGAGCCCCUUUUGCGUCCUGGACCCAUUUGCUAUUAUAGCGACAAGGUGAUUGUCAGCAUAAUACCAGGAGAUUUCGAUGGCGAUGCACUGAUGGAUGUGCUGGUCAAUGUGGAGAAUGGCAAGGGCAUCUAUGAUGUCUAUAUCAAUUGGGGCAACACCACAAAACUGAAUUGUGCCGACAAACCAAUCAUACAGACAUUUGGUGAAGUAAUGGCCCUUGAUUUUAAUGGUGACAUGAUCAUUGAUUUGUUUGGUCUCGAUACGAAUAUGACGCGUUGUUUUUGGAUCUUCAAUAACAAACGUGAGCCGCCAAUUGCGGUGCAUCAAGCGAUGCCCCAAGGCGGCAGUACACAGACUCUAACCGUACCCAAUGCGAAUGCCUAUUUGGAUUUGAAUAACGACUUUUUGGCCGAUCUGUUUCUGCAAACGAAAAACUCUUACGAGAUCUGGUAUGGUGUCACUGACCGCGAUGGACAGGACAACUUUAGCUAUCAGCAUGCUAUCACCAUUCAAUUGAUUGGCGUUAAGGACUAUGCCGUUGGCCAGGCUGUCUUUAUGGACUUUGAGUUGCGUGGCGUGCAGAAUAUUGUGCUGCCAUUUUGUGUGCAGGAGAAUUGCCGCAAUUCGACCAUAUUGGUGCACGAUGGCAACGAUUUCAAUGAUGUGCACGUUAAUUUCAAGGAUCCACAGGGUGUACUCUGGGCAUUUGUACCGCCAAAGGCGGAUGAUGUUUAUCUAAAAACCAUCACGGCUCGAAGUGGAGAUUUCAAUUUGGAUGGCUAUCCCGAUUUAUUGGUCACCCUGCAGCCGCUGAGCGUGGCCAAACCUGUGAUGCAAACGUUUCUGCUCGAGAAUGUGGCGUGCAAGACGUGCAGCAAGAAUUUCAAACGCACCUUUGAGGUACGCUGGAAUGCAUUGGCUCCCAUGGGCAAUAACACUGUCGCUGGAGCCUUCUACGACUUUUAUCAGGAUGGUGUGCUCGAUGUGAUACUCAUUGAAAAGCAGUCAAAUGGCAACUACCGACCUCUAGCUUUUCGCAACACACUCGACUAUGAUGCCAAUUUCGUUAAGGUGAUUGUGCUCACUGGUCUGGUGAAUGCACAAAAUCCCACACCACGCACACCACUCGGUCGCAAGAAGCUCACCUAUGGCAGCAAUCUGCCGGGUCCCAUUAUUACAUACAGCACAACCACACAAGAUGGUGAUCAGCAAAUUGGCAGCAGUGUACAGUUGCCACAGUCCUCAUACUUUGCUCUCCAAUUGCCCUACACAUGCUUCGGCCUGGGACGCACACCCAAUUUUGUCGAUCAACUAGUGGUUGGGAUGUACAGUAAGAUACAUAAUUGGACGCAGCUCAUACCCAAUUCACAGAUCAUUGUGGUGCCGCGACCUCUUGAUCAACCACAGCACUGGAAGGCGUUGCUCUUUGUGACACCUAGCAAACUGAUCCUAAUGAGUGUCGUCGCUCUGGGUGGCACUUGCCUGGUCAUUGUACUGAUUAUACUGGUGCUCUACAUUAAGGAGAAGCGCGAGGAUCGACAGGAGCGCUUGCAAGAGUCGCACAGAUUCCAUUUCGAUGCAAUGUAAGCGCGGUUAAAUGAAAAUAAUAGCAAUAUUUGUUGCGGUCAACCAUGGCAGGCAGUUGCUUUAUUAUUUUUUAUUGAUUAAUAUAUUUUUCGUUUAUGUAUUUAAUUCCCACAUACCUAAGUUCUUCUAAACAGAGCGAACAGAAAUUAAAUGUUGGUUUUAGGUUGUGCGCAAAGUUCAUGUACAGACUUUAAAAUCUCAAAUCAAAGCCGUACCUAGAACCAGCAUGGGAGUUAAAAGUGCGCGUUAUAAUUGUGUAAUAUAUAUAGUUUAAAAAUGUGAUAAUAAUAAAAAUGAAAUCCAAUAAAUAUAAUUAAUCCUAUCAAGUCA